UUCAGUCACUCUGCACAGUCACUUCCCUCAGGCUGCACAUCGGCACACUGCUUUAUUUUAAUUCAUAUUCCUUUGCAGCUUUAUUAUCACUGGAGUAUCAUUAAUUUCAUACCCUCCCUCACUAUUUUAUUAGGGGAGGUGAGAGAGGGCUUUAGAGACGUGAAGAUGGCGACUGGAAUGAGCUGGCAGCAGCAACAGCAUUAUUACGGUGGAGGGGCUUCUGCUGGUGCUGCCAAGUUUGUGCCCUCUUCUCCUGGCGUGAUGGCACAUCAAGCCGGCCUGAGCAUGGAGUAUACUGCAGAACUGCAUCUCAAGAUGAGCAAGAAAAUAGCACAGCUGACCAAGGUCAUAUAUGCCUUAAACACUAGAAAUGAUGAACAUGAAUCAGGAAUACAAGCCAUCAAAGAAGCUCAUGAAGAAGAAAUACAGCAAAUACUAGCAGAAACACGUGAGAAAAUACUGCAAUACAAGACUAAAGUCUCAGAGGAAACUGAUCUUAAAAGGAAGAUCCAAGCUCUAGAAGAGUCAUUAGAGGAGCACAAAAAAAUGAAGCACCAAGCUCUUACAGAGUUUGAGGUGUACAAACACAGAGUAGAAGAUAUGCAACUUUGUGCUGAAGCCCAACAUGUCCAGCGAGUUGUGACCAUGUCCCGAGAGGUGGAAGAGAUAAGAAAAAGGUUUGAGGAGAGGAUACGGAGUUUCAUGCAACUUCAGUUACAGUUUGAAAAAGACAAACGCUCAGCCCUUGAAGAACUUAGAACUACUCAUAGACUAGAAAUCCAAGAUAUCUUAAAAGCCCAGCACAGCCAAAAUGCUACAAUAAACAAGGGUCAGGAAACUCUGGAGGAAAUGCACAAGUUGCAGAUAGAGGAAUUUAACAAGAAGCUGGAAGACCUACGUCUUGAAAGAAAAACAUUAGUUGAAGACUAUGAAGGAAAACUCAGUAAAGCCCAAGCGUUUUAUGAACAUGAGUUGGAUGCUUUGAAAAGAUCUCAGCUCUUUACAGCUGAGAGCCUGCAUGCUAGCAAACAGAAAGAAGCAGAGUUAAAAAGAGAAUUUCAAAACCAAGAGGCUGUUUUACAAAAGAACCUUGGAAUUCUUAGAACUGACUUUCAAGUUGUACAAGAAGAAGCAGGGAGCCUGAGAGAAAAGUGCCAAAAACUUCAAUCUUCACUCACCACAGCCGAAAACAAUGUUCAGGUUCUUCAAAAACAGCUGGAAAGUGUGAAGCAGGAGGAGAUGUCCUUACUAAGCAAACACAAAGAUAUGGAAUGUGAUCUAGCAGCUGCUCGGGAACGUCUACAGCAGCAGGCAACAGAGCUCGUACUCAAAGCCAGUCAUAUUGGAAUGCUACAAGCCACUCAGAUGACGCAAGAAGCGACCAUACAAGAUCUUGAAUCAGAAAAAUCCAGAAUAAAGGAAAAAAUAUCCCGCCUAGAAGACGAAAGAGUUUUAUUACAAAACAAAAAUCAAAACCUUGAUGAACGUCAAAGACAACAGAUCCUUGCACUAGAAAAGAAGAUCAAUGAAGCAAAGCAGACCCAGCGAGAGUGCUAUGAGAAGGAGCUGAUUAACCUGCGCAUCAAAUUUGAGGAGGAGACAGUACAGCUAAAAGAGCUUCAUGCAAAGACGUUAGAAGAGAUGUCAUGGAAACAUCAAGCAGUGCUCGAGGCUGUCCAAAACGCAACAAAUAAGGAAAAAAAGAAGCUGCAGAUGGAGCUCCAACAACGAUUUGACAAAGAGAAACUGGAUUUGGAAGAUGGAAAGAAUCAAUUGAGACAACAGCUGGAAACACUAAAAGAAGAAUUGACUAGUAAACUGACAGCUGCCAAUCAGGAGAAUAGCCGCCUUCAGGAUCUGGUGAAAAAAAGUGAACAAGGGCUUGGUACAGCCGAGUGCCAUAUAACAAGUCUCAAGGAUGCUCAAGACAGACUUCAGAAUGAGCUGGAUGUAACCCGGCAGAGACUGAGAGAUACCAGCGAUUCCUUAUUUGCUGUCCAGGGGGAGUUGGAAAAAGACAGAAAGGAACAAGAGGUUAUGUUGUCUGCAAAUCGAGAGGAAGAGAGGUUAAAGAUGGACAAACUUGCUCGUGACCUAGAACUGAAAUGGACAGAGACUCUGAGGCAAGAAUGUAGCAAGCUCCGUGAAGAGUUGAAGUUACAGCAUGAGGAGGACAAGAAGAGUGCUAUGGCAAAGCUUCUGCAGAUCAAGGAGCGGGAAAUAAAUACAGCAAAGGAUGGAUGGCAAAAGAAAGUGGAAGAUCUUCUCGACCAGAUCUCUUUGCUCAAACAGAAUCUAGAGAUGCAGCUGUGCCAGUCCCAGAGCGCUUUGCAGCAGCUGCAGUCACAGUCCAGUCAAGAGCGCCAGCGUCUGACACGAGAACUGCAAGAGCUGGAAGUAGAGCAUCAACAGCGGCAAAUGUCACUACAAGAAGCCCACGUGAUUGCGUUUCAAAGCAUGGAGGAGGCAAAAAUUCAAGAACAAAAAGACCUUGAAGAUCACUUGCAUAAGAAAUACACAGAGGAGCUUCAGACUGUAAAAGAUGCUCACAAGCAGGUUAUGGAAGCACUACGGGUGGAAAUGGAGCAGGAGCUUCAAACUCUGCGAUUUGAAUUGGAAGACGAAGGCAAAGCAAUGCUAGCAUCCUUGCGCUCUGAACUCAAUCACCAACAUGCAGCAGCAAUUGACCACUUGAGGAAUAAUCACCUCCAGGAAAUGGAAAUGGCUUCAGAGGAGCUUGAAAGGCAAAAGGAGCUCAGUCGACGGCAGGAGGCUGAGCUUCUUAGAAGAAUAUCAGAACUCGAGGAGCAGCAGAGGCAUCAAGAACAUCAUGUAUCUAAUCUGAAUAAGGAACUGGUUAUACUGCACGAGAGCAUUAACACGUUAACUAAGGAAUUGGAGUUCAAGGGAAAAGAGAUCCUCCGAAUACGCAGUGAAGCCAAUCAACAGAUUAGGAUGCAUGAACAAGAAUUAAACAAGAAACAUGGGGAAGAGAUGAAUGACAUAGCAGCUACCCACAACACUGAGAAGCAAACAAUAGUAGCAGAAUUUGCAAAGAUUCAAGCAAUGCUUACGGACAAAAAUGCAGCAUUACAAGUUUCAUUAACAGAAAUGGAAGAAAAGUAUCAGAACAGAGAAUCUAGGCCAGAAGACCUUCAAAUUAUCUCAGAGCUUAAGGACAUGGUUGAAGAACGGGACCAACUUAUCAAAAAAUUGAUUGAAGACAAAAAAUUCUACCAGCUAGAGUUAGUGAACCGGGAGACGAACUUCAACAAGGUUUUUAAUGCAAGUCCAAAUGUUGGCGUCAUUAAUCCACUAGUAAAGCAAAAGAAGAAGAAUGAUAAAUCUACAAACAGGUUUGUGAGUGCCCCUAACCUAAGUGCCCUGGAGUCUGGUGGAGUGGGAAACGGACACCCUAACCGCCUGGAGCCCAUUCCUAACUCACCCAUCCACGAUAUUGAGUUCAACAGCAGCAAGCCUCUUCCAACACCUGUUCCACCCAAAGAGGCCAAGACCUUUUUGAGCCAUCCCCAGACUGAGACUUCACCAAUGGCAUCUCCUGAUCCACAACGCCAGGAAUGGUUUGCUAGAUACUUCACUUUCUAAAGACAACAUUUGAUUCUGUUUCUCUUUCUAUCGUGGCACAGCUUUGAUGUGGACUGUUUGUAAGAGCAUGACCUUGACCAAAUCCUUAUGUGAUCAAGCUUUGCCGUAAAUACUGUUUGUCAAACACUGUGACUGAGAGUUAUUUGUCUCCAAUUGAAAAUGCACUGUACCAGUUAAUUUCUCUUAUACUUUGUGUUCCUUUUUCAUUUAGGUGAGUGAUAACUUAUUUUUAUGACUUCUUUUUUUCUUUGGACAACUUUGGUAAAGAUUUAUCAUCUAUUAGAAUUACUGUGCUACCUCCUUGUACAACCUAUUCCUUUUUUUCUGUAGUAACACGUUGUUUCCAGAAACUAGAAUAUUGCGCCAUAACAUUGCUUCAGUACUAGAAUGAGUUGCAACACAUUGAUUUGUACUGAAGCGAUAUGAAUGCCUUCUUAAAGAACCACCUGCCAUAAAAGGGAGUUUAUUGAGCUUAAUCUUAGUUUACGUUGAAUUACUUUUCAUAGUUUGACGCCAGAAAUAACAAUGUGCCUGGAGUCAGAUUCUCAGCUUCUGAUUGGUAUGUAUAUACUAUGUAUGGCAAUUGUAUUCCUAUUGUAAUAACAUCUAACCCUAUAUCCCAGUGUGUUAUUUCCUAUGGAAGUCACUUUUCUGAUU